CAGAGCAUUACCCAGUAAGAUUGAGGCUGUGUUGUGGUGUACUUGGAGAUUCCUGUGCUGUCAAAUUCUCCUUUGGUACUGUCUACACCUCAGCCACACUUUGUGAUUCUGAACAGGAGUGAUGAAGAGACUAUUUAACCAUCUGAAUUAGGAAGAAGCUAGGUGUACAUGUAAAAAAGACGCUGCAGGCAGACAGCUGUCAACUGUCUUCGGAAUUUAGACCUGUGUUGACAAAAUAUACUACCUGAUGCUUAUGGUUAGCUGGGGGACUGGGGAAUUUCUAACGGUAUUUAGGCUAUAAACACGGGAAUAACCACAAUUGCUACCAAUUUUACGGACUAAUGGCUAACAUUUUGAUUUAACGCUAUGAAGUGGACUAGUGAGAUUAUCAAACCUCUGACCCUCCCCCCAAAGUGGAGAUGGUUAGGGGACAAGACGACAACACAGGAUAGAAAUGACAAGAAAAUGUUCACGGAGUGUGACAGUCGGAGCCAGGACUGGACGGUUUCGUCUCUCACUGGCAGUAAGAAGGACAAACUUUGUUUGGUGUGUGGCGACAAGGCUCUCGGCUACAACUUCAAUGCCGUCUCCUGCGAGUCCUGUAAGGCAUUUUUCCGCAGGAAUGCUCACAAGACGAUACGAGGGCGCUGUGAGGGGAAGUGUGACGUCAAUGUGGAGUCGCGCUCCUUCUGUAAGAGAUGCCGACUCCAAAAGUGCUUUACAGUCGGCAUGCGGAAAGACAUGAUACUCAAUGAACAACAGAAAAAAGUACGGAAGCAGAAGAUCAUAAUUAACAAAUUAAAGAAACAUGGACAGUUACCACUGGAGGAAUCGUGUGCUAGCACAUCUGUGGAACUCUCCGAAGAGUUCGAGGCAAAAAUCUGCUCACAAAGUCGUGAUGAGUUACGCUCCACAUUUCCGAAUCUUUCAGAAAAAGAAUUAGGUAUGCUUUCAAAAUUAAAACAAGAAAACAUUGAUGAACUGAAAAGUUCCCGUUCAACGCAGGAAGAUGAGGCUUGUCCUUCUUGGAUAGAAUCGCAGGAACUUACAGAAGAUACCAUCAGCAAGAUGCCGGAAAUUAAUCGUAGUGUAUUGAGAGAACUAUUGCGGGCUAAUGAGCAAAGUGCCUUUCUUGCCAACACUUCAACAGAAAUUAAAAGUAUACCAACUAAUGCUACAGAGUUCAUCAAUGUAGCAGAGGGUUUUGUACGUAGAGUAAUAAAAUUGGCUAAAAACAUUGAAUUUUUUAAAAUGGUAACAAAAGAAGAUCAGAUUGCUUUGCUGAAAGGUUCUGUUACAGAAAUAAUGAUGUUGCGGUCAGCAGUUAAUUAUGAUGUUGCGACCGAAUCAUGGAAUCUGAGCACCAAAACUUGUUUGAAGAAUGACCAGGCCAAUUCUACAAGUUUGCCUGGUAAAGAACCACUUGGUACAAGUCUACCUCAUAGCUCACAGACCAGUAAUGUCGCUGCCAAUGAUAACAACCAUCCUGCUGAUCUAGACCUCACCAAGCUUCACAAUGUGUUCCCUCCUAAAGACAAGUCCAGUCCGGUACUGCCAGACACGGCUGGAAUAAAGAUGGAAGUUAGCAGUACUUCUUCAUCUACCUCAUGCUCCAGGACUGGAGCCUCACUCGACAUCGAAAAACUGCGUGCCCAGUUUUCAGGUGGCGCUGACUUAAGUCAGUUGCGUGCCAAGUUUUCAGGAGGUGCAGACUUAAGUCAAUUGCGUGCUCAAUUUCAACAGAAGGUUAAGGAUGGAACGUUAGGGGAUUCACCAGCAGCGAAGAUCGGAGCUGAACUGCUUAAGAAUGGGAACAGUGAAACUCGUGCUAUGUUUAUGUCUUACGCAACUUUUAUCAAGUCACUCAUGAAAACCAUCCAUGGGGAUGUCCUAAUGCUCAAAAUACUUAUAAUGCUGUCAUUGUUUUCAUCAGAUCGUCCGGGCCUUGAAGAGACACAUAAGAUUGAGGAGAUUCAGGAAUGCUACGCCCAGAUUCUGCAGGCCUAUGUAGGCGCACGCUUCCCUGAUGAAAAGAUUCUCUUUGCCAAGGUUAUCAUGAAGCUGACAGACCUUCGUGACAUCAACGAACUUCACACAAAAAUGUUACUCAAAAUGAAAGUGGAAAGCAUUGAGCCACUACUGGUAGAAAUAUUUGAUCUCCCUCUCUAAUUUCUUCAUAUGGAAUUAGAAGAUGAGCUGAUGGAGGAGGUGGGGCUCUUAAAAUUGAAAUUGAGAAUACACUAAAACCUCCAUAAUAAUACUGAUUUCAAAACAGGUUGGCUUUGAAAAUUAUCUUUUGAUUCCUUUCAGAAAAAACACAUGUUGAUCUUUAUCUCCCUUUGAAAAUUGACAGGCCUUAACCCUUUCACCACUGUGGACCAUAAUGGACUCAUCCAGAUCAAUGCAUGGUAGAGUUUAAUAAAGUUACAUAGGGGUGAAAGGGUUAAAAAUGUGCAUUGGAUUCCAGGUUGGAGGCACAUUUUGCUGCACUGUUGGUCUUAACUUAUUCACUCCUGCAUUUUUACACUGGACUUGCCCAGUCUUUGAUUUGGUAAGGUUCCAAUGUAACUUUAGGGGUGAAUUGGUUUUACAGCUGACACCACAUUGUAUAAUUUAUUAAUUAUUGCAACAAUUUCAUCAAAGAAGAGAAAAAAGAAUUUUGAUUUCAUUAAAACACCUGCAGAACUUUAUAUAAUUGCAUGCUUAACCCUUUCACCCCUAUGCUAUUAUAGUAGACUCUACCAUGCAUUGAUCUGGAUGAGUCCACUAUAGUCUACAGUGGUGAAAGAGUUAAGCAGACAGAUUUGAAAACAAGCCAUUGACAACUCAUUGAAUGAUUUUGAAAAAAAGGACUACUUUAAAAAAUAAAAGCCUUAUAUUUCUUACAAAAAAUUAAAAUAAGUUGUGGCUCAAUAUGAAGGUUUUAGGGUAUUUUCAAUGUGACAUUAUUGUGGUUUGAAGUCGUGUUGAGGUUCCUAGACGAGAGAUUCUGAAGUCCUUAUUUAAACAUCCAAGCUGUUGUACAGUAUGUACACACCAUCUUACACAUUAUCUGAUUUGGUUAUAAGAUGUAAUUAUUUUAAGAUUAUGAGAACAUUUAAUUGACAAAUGUAUAGUUAUUGUAAAUAUGCUCAUUCAGAAAUGAAAUUAUUGUGGCAGUGUGCUGGCCAGAGCUGUGAUGAACUCGUCCAUGAUGAAGACAUUUUAAAUUGUUAUUGAUAGAUAAUCGUUGUCCGGGGAAAACCUUGAGUAUUGAAUAUUGCCUGCUGGUAUAGAAAAAAAGCUGGAUAUAUAGAUAAGAAUUCACUUUGAUCGGCACCUACUUUGACCUUUGACAUUAAACAAUGAAAUAUACCAUAUUUACCAUAUUAAAUUCCUCAUCAUCAUCAUCCAUUAAGUGACAGAUCUCCUUGAUGGAGUGCAAUUGUCACUGUAAAUUGUCACCUACUGAAGAAAAGGAAAAUACUUACCUCACAGAAAGAUUUAUUUGUUAUUCCAUCAAUUACGGUAAUCCUACAGAGUUUGGUGCUGAUCAUGAGUCCUCAUCCUCUAUAUUCCUUGUUUAGAUACAAGUCUGUGUUUCCUGUGCGGCUGAUACAGUUGCUAGAAUAGCACUACAGUGCUAAUGUUUACUGUUUUAAAUUUGCGACAUUAAAUAACUCUUGUAGAUUGUAUGUUUCCUAUGUCUAGUAAUCUGGACCAUAUUCCUCGAGAGAGAAAAAAAAUACUAUCAAGCAUGUGUACUCCUUCAAGGUUUCCAUAGUUUAGUUUUUGAAAUUAUGCUUAUUGGCACUUAAGGUAAAGGGUACCAUUUAGUUAACUUAUUCACCACUGAAAUUCAUAAUGAACUAUUCCAACCUUUGAAUUGGAAGAGUUCAAAUAUGUCUUCAGGGGGUUAAUAAGUUAAACCAUAUCAUAACCAUUGUCACUACUGUUAGGCAUUUUCAAAAGAAAAUUAAUGAUUAAAUCAAAAAUAAAACGUAACUGCAGAGGUCAAACUUCUGACCCUAACAUUGCAAAGCCAACAUUUUACUUUUGCUGCCAUGCAGGAAUUAUACUUGUGCAAGCACAGCAUCAUAACAAGUGUCCAGCAAUUUAUAGACGCAAAGCAUACAAAAUACUUGACAGGGGAAGUAACUCUACUCUUUUAUCUUCUGUAUAGAAGGGAGAAUAGAAAAAAAACAUGUGGAACUCUUCUUUGCGAUUGUGACUGAUAGAGUGGUAUCCAUUACCUUAAGUUUAUAAUGUUAACUGCUACUUUUUAAAUACAUAUUUUGUUUAAAACAUUUGAAAACAUCUGCUGAGAAAAUUGUUUUAUGAUAAUGGAAAAAAUAAAUCGGGUAAAAAACAUUUCAGUGAGAAUAUACAUACUUCAGAAAAAGCAUUUUUUAUUAUAAGAAAUAUGAACUCUUUGACUAUAUUUCAAGUUUAGAGUAAAUUCAAUAUUCGUAAUAAACUUAUACCAAAAGGUGACUUUUGAAGAAGAAAAAAAUUAUAAUCAUAAUACUCUUCUAUUCCAUACCUUUCUGAACAUAUUUCAGUUUUAUUUAGUGACAUUUUUUUUUUAUAUUUUUUUAUGAAUAGUUGUUCAGGUGUUGCUGAUAUAUCAAAUAAAACAAUGACAUCUGGGAAAUAUUCCUGGAAUUUGUUUACUACAAGGAAUGGAGAUAUGGUUCGAUAUAUAUAAAGGUCAGAUAACAUCUGUUUAGAAACAAUUUAGGAAAACUAUGUUCAGUUAUCGUUACUGAAGCGAAGUUUUUGUUGGUUUAGUAU